AUGCCACCCCGGAUACAAAGCCGGAGUGUGACCAACACCCUGCUUCCCUACCUCACAGCUACCUCCUCUCCCACAUCAUCACUUUCCUCUCUUCCUUCCCUAUCCUCUACAUCAUCACAAUGCAUUUCCCGUCAGUUCUCUGCCACGGCAGCACCACAGGGACAGACCAAGCUCCGUCGGCAGAUGUUCGAAUGGCUUAACAGCGAAGGUGCCGUGUUUAAGCACCAUAUUCCUGGAGAAACCAACUAUGUUACUCGCUUAAAGCAGCGAGGUAACGAGGGUGCGGAGAACCCUCGUCCAUUCCCCAACAAUCAAAAUUUCUUCAGCGAGCCUAUUUUGAGUGAGGAGCUACGGAACGAGGUCUAUAAUCGCGUCGUUGAACAGAACAAGAGUCCCCGCGUCGUCAGCGUGGAGCUUGGAAUUGAUAUGAAGCGUAUUGCCGCUGUCGUGCGACUGGUAGAAUUGGAAAGAAGACAGCGCGCACAGGGCAAACCUCUAGCACUGCCAUAUGCCCGGGCCAUCCAUGAGAUGGUACCCACCACACCCCUCGCCGAGAAAGGCGAGCGUCAGACAUACCAUGAACCUAUCAACGACCUCCCCGCCCACCCCCUGACAGGCUCCCAAAUCUUCUACCCAGUUCCCGAAUCCCGCUCCUUCAAUCGUGUUGAGGCGGGUCGCGUGUUCUCUGGUGCCCCAGCAAUGGAGCACUCUGAAGCCGCGGAAAUCUCUCACCCUUCCGACCUCGUCGAAAAAAUCAUCGAGAACCCCAACUCUAUCGGCUGGGUCGGCAAGGGCGCCAAUGCCCGCCAGAUUCUUCAGCCUGCUGACGUGCGCAUUCCCCAUCCUCAUCUGGUUGCUUUGGAACGCGAUCGCCUGGCGAACCCCAACGAGCGUCGGGCUGUUUCGGAUCUCCAGUCUAAGAGACUCCAGCGCCAGGAUGCGAUUGAGAAAGAGCGUCGUGAGCGUAUCCAGGCUCGCCGUGAGAAGAAGCUGACGGUUGUUUCCCCCGAGGACUCGCGCUUCGACUAUCGUAUUAAGGAUACUAUAUACACUCUGGAAACUACUGGCGCUGAUGGCCGUGGUUACAAGGCUGUUGGUCGUCGCUACGGUGUCCCCCACCGCGACCGCACACGCGGCGAAGUCAAGAUUCCCACUCGUGUUGAGGCUUGA